AUGGCCGACAUCGAAGCCGGCAAAAUCGAAAACGACAAAGACAAGAAUAUUAUUGAUGGAAUGAAGGACGAUAGACGAACAAUAGAGGAUACAACACAGCCUGCUAGUGCUGCAGUCAGUCAUCAUCAAGAGGUCAAUGAGAGUAGUACAGAUCAAGAUCCAUGUAUCGGCAUGUCUGAGGAGAAUAAAGAUGUCAAAGAAAAGGAAGAGGGGCUUGAUCAACCUUUGUCAGAUAGUGGCCCACAACAAAUGUGUUCGAGUCUUGAAUUAGGAGACACGAGAAAAGAACAAUCACACAAUUCAGAAGUAGAUCAGUCAAAAGGACUUAAUACAGAAAUAACAAACAAAACAACGGAGUUAGAACAAUCAAAAGGGCUUGAAGUAAUGGAAAAAACUAUGGGGGCUAGUUCAGAAAUAGAAGACUUGGCUGAAAGGAACAGUGUAGAAAUAAUGGACAAAACAAGUGGGGCUAUGAUAGAAAUAGAAGACAAAUCUGAUGAACCUUGUACAGAAAUAACAGAAAUUGAUGAGGAGCCUUUCACAGAAAUUAAACAUCAAGACGAACCAACUGGUGAAAUAUCACUAAUGGAAGGUGAAAAUGUCGCAAUAAACAAAAGUAUUCCUCAACCUGAGGUUACAGCUUUAGAACAAAAAUUUAUCAACAAGGAAGAAAGUAUGACAGAACAGCGUCAGUUGAGUAAAGAAGUUUCACCGUUAAUGUUACAUGAACAAGAGAAAGAAAGUCAGCCAGAAGAACAGAACAAAGAUGAUGUAGAAAUGACAGAUGAUUCUGAAUUAAGGCAUCCUGCUUCGGAAGCUGCAGUCAAGAUUGUCUGUGAGGAUCAACUAUUGAAGCUACCAAAAGACAUACCUGUGACUAGUGUUGAUCAGGAUAAAAAUAGCAAAGACAUGGAAAAUAUUGAUCCACUCAGGGACGAUUCAAAUAAGAACAGUGAUGUUGUGUUAGAGGAUUUAAGUUCCUCUCUUGAGUCUAAAAAAGAACAUUUGGAAGGUACUAAUCAGGUAAACGAGACUGAUCCUAAAAGUGGUCUGAUUUCUGCUGACACCUUACAACUUCGUAUGGAAGUAGAUAAUGAAUCAGUACAAUCUGAGACUGCGAUGUAUGAUACAACAGGACCCGCAACUCCAGCCUCUAGCAUCGUAGACACAGGCUCAGUGUCUGCAGGCCCUACACCGUCAAAACGGUCACGCCAGAACAGUACCGGUAGUGGCGCUAAUGUAGAAGCUGUUUCUGAUGAUUUGGAAAACCAUACAUUUCCAGCCUCAAAAGUAUUUGAGUACCAGUGGCCGAAAGAUUCUAGUGGAGAGUACUACAUGCUACAGGAGCAGAUUAGUGAGUUCCUGGCUGUUAAGUCAUUCAAGAGAAAAUACCCAGAGCUUCAGAGGCGACCAGUGGAGAUGAAUGAACGAAUGUUUUUGCGUGAGAAGGGAGCAGUAACUGAAACACAGUGUGACCUAGGAUUAACAGCCAUUCGGAGUGACGAGGUGUAUGAUCUGAUGCACAGGGACUACCCAGAUAAAUAUGCUGAAUAUGCAGCUGUACUGCAUGAGCGAGAGAGGCAGACCAUCAAGGAGAAACACAAAGACUAUGAAGUGCCCAAGUUAGAGAAAAGUAAGAUGACUGAGUACAUCAAGAAGGCUAUGAAGUCUGCAUCAGAAUGGAACACAGUCUUCCUCAGAGAGAGAAAGGAGGAACGCAAAGCCUAUUUUGAUCUUCAGACGUUUAAUGUUCACUAUCCAGCUGGUCGGUUUAAAGUGCUGCCUGCUGACCUGACAUCACCAAGUCCUUAUCCUGUUACAUUGAUUCCAGGCCAGUACCAGGAUUACUACAAAAAUCAUUCCCCAGAGGAGCUGAAGUACCUACCCCUCAAUACUGCUCUGUAUAAUCCACCAAAACAGAUGGGGAACAGUCUGGCUAACCCUCAGGAGGUCUUGUCUGAAGAUGCUUCAGAAGAGGAUGCUGAGGCUGGUGGUGCCUCUGACUCGGAAAGUGAUGAUGACAGCAGCAGUGGAGAGUCUGAUGACAGCAGUGGUCAGGACAGUGGUCAGAUGGUUGAAGACCUGGCCAAAGGAGAAAAGGGUCAGGAUGACCUGACAUGUCGUAUGUGUGAGAAACAGGGGGAGGCAGAUGAAGAUAUGGUCCAAUGUUCAGAGUGCAAGAAGUUUGGUCAUCCUACUUGUCUGGAUCUGACAACAGAGAUGGUGACAGUUAUCAAAACAUAUCCUUGGCAGUGUAUGGAGUGUAAAACUUGUGUGGAGUGUAUGGACCCAUAUGAUGAGGACAAGAUGAUAUUCUGUGACAGAUGUGACCGGGGCUACCACACAUUCUGUGUUGGUCUCAGAUCCAUCCCCAAUGGGCAGUGGAAGUGUCGCAGCUGUAAGAGCCCAGACGCCCCCCGUACUCCAAAGUCAUCAUCCAAGAUAAGGGGCAGAGGACGGAAAAGAGGCAAUAACACUCCAGCUAAGGAAGGAUGAUUUUAGUGUGUAUUAUAGUGUUGUAUGUAAUGAGGAUCAAGCCAAGUGUUCACUCAUUACAGUGUACAGUGUAAUAAAACAGAAUAGUUGUCACGAAAUGCUCAAUGUUAAACUGCCACACAGCUGGUUUACAUGGCGAUAGCGAUGUAAUCGACAAGAAAUAUCAGUGGUCAGUGAUACUGUAGCUGUUUCAUGCUGACUAUAAAAACAAAGGAUGUAAUUCAAGAAUUCAUGAACUGACGUUGUGGAAGUUAUUGCAUUAUGAAUGAUUUUCUCCACCAUUGCAGGUUUUGGAGCUCAUUUAAGUGGUAAAGAUUUUAUUUGAAUCUGUAUGUUUGUUUUUAUUGUUACGGUAUAUAUUUGUUUGUCUUGCUCCUGUUGAUACUUUUAACAACCAACAAACUUAAUAGAGGACAGCAGGACAUAUUUCUUUAACCCAAAGUAGGUGUCAUUCAAAAUAAACAAUUUAAGAGGAGCUUUUGUAUGUAAAACCUUUUGCCAUGCCGUCUUUUGAACUAUGAUAUUUUAUCUCUGGAACGACAGAUCAGUAACCAAGAUGUUGGUUUCUUGCACAGAAUGUAAGAGUGCUUUAUUUUGUAUACUUCAAUGUCAUAUCUAUCAUAUAAAGAAAAAUUAAAUAUUGUGAAGAAUC